CUAAUAUAAGCAGUAGGGUUAGGUUAGAAAAAUUCAGUUGUUCAUAGAAUGUCGGAUCGUCUAGAUAUAAUCUUGUUCGGUGCAACUGGACAAACGGGAAAAAAUUGCCUGAAGUAUCUGUACAGAUUUACACGAGCGAACGGUAGAUCGUUGACAUGGGGCAUUGCGGGUCGCUCCAAAGCGAAAUUGAAGCAGGUACUGGAGGAAUGUGUACCCCAAACUGGUCCGGACUUAACCCAAAUCCCUAUUAUUAUUGCCGAUGUCAACGACAACGACUCUUUAAAUAAGAUGACUUCCCAAGCGAGAUUAAUUAUCAAUUGCUGUGGACCUUUCGAUGUAUAUGGUGAAACGGUUAUAAUAGCCUGCCUAGAGACGGGAACGCAUCACGUGGAUGUAGCAGGAGAAACCUUUUUUAUGGAAAAUAUGCAGUACAAGUACAAUAGGUUGGCCGCCCAAAAAGGAAUUUAUAUAAUAAGUGCGUGUGGUGCUGACAGUAUACCUGGAGAUUUAGGAGUUGUCUUUUUACAGCAAAAUUUCGAGGGCACUCUGAACUCCGUGGAAACGUAUCUGUAUUUAGACGAGCAAGAGCCAAAAACUCCAGGUCCGCUACUCAAUUUCGCAACGUGGGAGUCGGCGAUAGAAGGAAUUGGGAAAUUGCCCCAAAUAAGCGCGUUGAGGAGAAAAAUGUUUAAAAAGCGAAUUCCGGUUUAUGAACCUAGAUUGCCCCUCAGACCCCAAAUGUACAAGAGCGAAGUUGCAAAUGCGUGGCUUGUUCCUUUUCUGGGAGCGGAUCGCGCGGUAAUCAAUAGGACUCAACGGUACUUUUACGAACACGAAAAUAAGAGACCUGUCCAAGUGAAUCCAUACGAAGCAAUUGAUUCGGCUGCCAGUGUUCAGUUUAUAAACUUUUACAAAAACCUUAUUCUAUUUUUGGUUAAAUACAAAUUUGGCCGAAAGCUGUUGUUAUCGUUUCCAAGUUUCUUCACCGCAGGAAUGUUUUCUUUUGAAAACCCCUCCGACGAAAAGAGUGAGAGGACUUCGUACGAUAUCGUAUUCCACGGGGUCGGUUGGGAUGAAAAUGUGUCCGCGUCAGACACAAGCUUCAGAAAACCUCCAAAUAAAUCAAUUAUUGGGCACGUUUCCGGAAUGAAUCCAGGAUACGGUCUCACUUGCAUUUGCGUUACCAUGUCAGCAAUCGUCUUACUAACGGAACCGGAAAACAUGCCAUAUGAGGGAGGAGUUUAUACACCAGGAGUAGCAUUUGCAAGAACAAGUCUGGUUAAACAACUAAACGAAAAUGGUGUUACUUUUGAGAUUAAGUCAAAAAUGUAAAAGGUACGCAUAUGUGACUCAAAGAUUGUGAUCCACUUGAUGGGGUUUGUGUGUCCCGAAAUCUCCGAGAUAUAUAAAUGUGCAAUAAACUAUUUUAUUGGCA